GUCAAAAGUAUAAAACGAUGUGCGCGUCUCGGGGAGAGCCACAAUCACGUUUGCACUCGUGUCGGACAGCAGAUCCACAGGCACCCCCUCCACCAACAUCAACAUGAGGCUGCUCGUCAUCGCCCUGUUCGCCCUCUGGCUGCUCUUCGAGAUCGCUUCGGCCUGCAAGUGCUGCGGCUGCGGAGGCCACUGCGGCUGCGGAGGACACUGCGGAGGCAGCUGCGGCUGUGGAUACGGACACGGCUACGGCUGCGGUUGCGGCUGCGGCGGCGGCUGGGGCCAUGGCGGCUGGGGCUACGGCGGCUACGGCGGCUACGGCCACGGUGGCGUCGUCAACCACAUCGUGCACAAGACCUCCGACUCUUCAUGCGCCGCCCCCUCCGUCGUCGGCAUCCCCGUCCUCGGCCAGCUCGGUCUCGCCAAGGGCUGCGGCUGCCGCGGCAUCUGCUCCUGCGGCAAGAGCUGGGACUGCUAGAGCUGCCCGAGCCCCCGCCCGGCCAGGCCCGCCGGGCCCCGCACCGCGCGCGCUCCUGUCCUGCGGACUCGUCUGCGGCUGAGGGCUCCGAUUCCUCCUCUUCCUCCCCGACCUCCAGGACGCCCCCGACGCACCGCGGGGACGCCGACGCCGAGGGCCGCCCGACUGACGGACUCCGACUGACCGACUGCGACUGAUCGCGGCCCCCGCACUCCGUCCCCGCGCCGCGGCCGGGGCGACGCGUCCGCACCCGGGCCCGACUGAUGACAGGACGGGGAGGACGGAUGGAAUAAACCUGUGACCUGACUGCCAA